CGGGCAGCAGCCAGGGACCCCCGCGCCCAGAGGUCCGCCCGGGGAGCCCGCCAUGCUUCGGGGGCUGCGGCCUCGCGGGCGCGGGGCGGCGGCUGUGGCCGCUGCCCGGAGCUUGUGGAGGCCGCCCCGCCCUGCCGAUCGCCUGGGGUGGCUCUGGACGGCGAGGCGGCUCCCGGUGCGCCCCGUCUCCGGGGCCAGUGAGCAGCAGAGCAGCCCGAAGAGCAGCAAAUACCGGGACUCGGUGCUGCUGCCGCAGACCAGCUUCCCCAUGAAGCUGCUGGGCCGCCAGCAGCCCGACACGGAGCUGGAGAUCCAGCAGAAAUGUGGAUUCUCAGAACUUUAUUCCUGGCAAAGAGAAAGGAAAGCAAAGACAGAGUUUUGUCUUCAUGACGGCCCUCCUUAUGCAAACGGUGACCCUCAUAUUGGACAUGCUUUAAAUAAGAUCCUGAAAGACAUAGCCAAUCGAUUCCAUAUGAUGAGAGGUUCCAAAGUACAUUUUGUGCCUGGCUGGGAUUGUCACGGGUUGCCCAUUGAAACAAAAGUAUUAUCAGAACUUGGUGGAAAAGCUCAGACUCUUUCAGCCAUGGAAAUUAGAAAGAAAGCAAGGGCAUUUGCUGAGGCAGCUAUUGAAAGACAGAAGUCUGCCUUUGCUCGCUGGGGAGUGAUGGCAGACUGGAACAAGUGCUACCACACAUUUGACGCAGAGUAUGAGGCCAAACAAUUAAGAAUUUUUUACCAGAUGUAUGACAAGGGCUUGGUUUAUCGGUCUUACAAACCAGUCUAUUGGUCUCCUUCAUCAAGGACAGCCUUGGCUGAAGCAGAACUUGAAUACAAUCCUGAGCAUGUCAGCCGGUCAGUUUAUGUGAAGUUUCCCCUCAUGGAACCUCCCCCUAAGUUGGCCUCUCUCAUAGAUGGCUCAUCGCCUGUUAGUUUUUUAGUCUGGACCACGCAGCCUUGGACAAUUCCUGCGAAUCAGGCUGUUUGCUAUAUGCCAGAGUCAAAGUAUGCUGUCGUGAAGUGUUCCACCUCUGGAGCCCUCUACGUGCUGGGCGCAGAUAAAGCAGCAGCAGUUGCCUCUGCUUUGGACACAACGUUUGAGACUCUUUCAACGUUUUCAGGUGUGGAUUUGGAAAACGGAACUUGUAGUCACCCUUUAAUUCCCAGUAAAGUGUCUCCUCUUCUACCGGCAACUCACGUGACCAUGGCCAAAGGGACAGGAUUGGUUCACACUGCCCCUGCUCAUGGCAUGGAAGACUACAGCGUAGCUUCUCAACACGGCCUGCCUGUGGACUGUUUAGUGGAUGAAGGUGGGAUGUUCACAAGUGCGGCAGGCCCUGAACUUCAAAACAAGUCUGUCCUUGAAGAGGGCACGGAUGUGGUUAUAAAGAUGCUUCAGACUGCAAAUAGUUUGUUGAAAGAGGAGCAGUUGGUGCACAGCUAUCCCUACGACUGGAGGACCAAGAAACCCGUGGUCAUCCGAGCCAGCAAGCAGUGGUUCAUAAACAUCGCUAGUAUCAAGGCCACAGCGAAGGAGUUGUUAAAAGCAGUGAAGUUUAUUCCUGGAGCAGCACUGAAUGGCAUGGUGGACAUGAUGGACAGGCGGCCAUAUUGGUGUAUCUCAAGACAAAGAGUUUGGGGUGUCCCAAUUCCUGUGUUUCAUCAUAAGACAAAAGACGAAUACUUGAUCAACAGCCAGACCAUUGAGCAUAUUGUGAGCUUAGUGGAGCAACACGGCAGUGAUGUGUGGUGGACGCUUCCCCCUGAGCAACUUCUCCCACAAGAAGUCUUGUCUCAGGUUGGUGGUCCAGAUGCCUUGGAAUAUGUGCCAGGUCAGGAUAUUUUGGACAUCUGGUUUGACAGUGGAACUUCAUGGUCUUGUGUUCUUCCAGGUACUGAGCAAAGAGCAGAUGUGUACUUGGAAGGGAAAGACCAGCUUGGGGGCUGGUUCCAGUCUUCCUUGUUAACUAGCGUAGCAGCAAGGAAAAAGGCCCCUUUCAAGACAGUGAUCGUUCAUGGCUUCACCCUUGGAGAAAAAGGGGAAAAGAUGUCCAAGUCUCUGGGAAAUGUCAUUAACCCUGAUGCUGUCAUCAAUGGAGGACAGGAUCAAAGCAAAGAGCCUCCCUAUGGUGCGGACGUCCUUCGCUGGUGGGUCGCUGAAUCCAAUGUCUUCACCGAAGUGACCAUCGGCCCGUCUGCACUCGCUGCUGCCAAAGACGACAUCAGCAAGCUUAGGAACACACUCCGCUUUCUUUUGGGAAAUGUGACUGGUUUCAACCCAGAGACAGAUUCUGUUCCUGUGAAAAAUAUGUAUGUCAUAGACCAGUAUAUGUUACAUUUGCUACAGGAUUUUGCAACCAAGGUUACCGAUUCAUAUAAGCAGUAUGAUUUUGGAAAAGUUGUUCGAUUGUUAAAAGCAUUUUAUACCAGAGAACUCUCCAACUUUUAUUUCAGCAUAAUCAAGGACAGGCUGUACUGUGAGAACGAAAAGGAUCCCAGGCGACGCUCCUGUCAGACGGCACUGGUGGAAAUUUUGGAUGUGUUGGUUCGUUCUUUUGCCCCCAUUCUUCCUCACUUGGCAGAAGAGGUAUUCCAGCACAUUCCUUAUGUUAAAGAACCCCAAAGUGUUUUUCGCACUGGGUGGAUUAAAACAAGUUCUAUCUGGAAGAAGCCUGGGCUGGAGGAGGCAGUGGAGAGUGCGUGUGCAAUGCGAGAUUCCUUUCUUGGAAGUAUUCCUGGCAAAAAUGCCGCCGAGUACGAGGUGAUCAUUGUGAUAGAGCCGGGGCUGCUCUUUGAGAUAAUGGAGAUGCUGCAAGCUGAGGAGACCUCCAGCACCUCGCAACUGAAUGAGCUAAUGAUGGCUUCUCAGUCAACUCUUCUGGCUCAGGAGCCACGAGAGAGAAUUGCAGAUGGCAUUGAGCUGACAGGGACAUUCCUCAUCAACUUGGAAGGUGGCGAUAUUCGUGAAGAGUCUUCCUACAAAGUCAUUGUCGUGCCCACUACCAAAGCAAAGUGCCCUCGGUGUUGGAAGCACACAGCCGAGUCUUCAGAGACACUGUGUCCACGAUGCGCAGAGGUUAUCGGUGGGAAAUAGCAUUCUCGUGUUAACAGCUUUUUGAUCAAGAACCUUCCUGACAGUACUGACCUGGAGUUUAGAUGAAUUAUUUAUAAUACUGGAAAGGAGGAAUAGUAACUGAAGGUGAGGGUUAAAUCAGAAUUAUAAAAGGAGUAUUUCCUGUAACUAUACCAAGGAUAAUGUAUUUGUACAUGGAAAUACAUAUAGACAUACAUGUAUACAGGGCUUAUGUGUAUACAGGUGGAGUCGUGAUGAUCUCAGCAUGCAUGUACAUGCGUGCACACACACAAAUCCAUAAUGGAUUUAUUCAGGACACUGAAUAUGCUUGUUUUAUAUUUUAUAUCGUCUUUUUGACUCAGAAUUUAAAUUCUAACAUCUGAAAAUAAAGGCAUUCUGGAAAACUA